UGAAUUUUAGGUUGUUUCCUCCCCGGGCAACGUCAAGUGCCCGCCAGGUUAUCGGUUCUGUUUACCCCCACACAAACCAAACUACCUACCUUACCUUACCUACCACCUUACAGAGGUACCAUUCUACACACUCGGUAUUCGUAGAAUAUCAACCAUUCUCUCUCCUACUCCUCCACCGCAUUCUUCGUCUUAAAUAUUUGAAAACCAGCGCUGUAACGACAAUAUAUUCACUCAAAAAUCCCGGCCAUCGUAUACGACCGCCCCGAUCCUCCCACGACCGUUGGCAGACCCGUCCCGUUGCCCCUGAAGCCGAUCAAUAACAUCCAGGACGUGCUGCACCCCCCCCCCCCCCUCACCAGCUGCAUACACCCGAUCGAGCUGCUUUCGUCUUAGGCCGGCGCUGCCCAGAGCAAACCCUCUUUUUCUUAUUGUAGAUAUCACGUCUCUGAGACCACCGCAUGACCACGACCUGGCGAGCAUGGCGUUUGCGGAACCGCAGCAAUGGAUCAAUGUCCAGCAAAAGACCUUCACAAAAUGGCUCAAUACAAAGCUGGAAGCCCGGAGCCUUGAGGUCAAAGACCUCGUGGCAGACCUUAGCGACGGCGUCAUGCUUAUUCACUUGCUAGAGUGCUUGUCCAACGAGUCCCUGGGGCGAUACGCCUCGAAACCCAAAUUGCGCGUUCAACGCUUCGAAAAUGCGAACCUAGCACUCGACUUCAUCAAGUCCAGAGGAAUCCAGAUGACCAAUAUCGGUGCCGAAGAUGUCGUGGAUGGUAACCGGAAAAUCAUAUUGGGCCUGAUCUGGACGCUCAUUUUACGCUUCACCAUUAGCGAUAUCAACGAGGAGGGUAUGACAGCAAAGGAGGGCCUCCUGCUCUGGUGCCAGCGCAAGACGGCAUGCUACGACGAGGUUGACGUGCGGGACUUCAGCGCCAGCUGGAACGACGGUCUCGCCUUUUGUGCGCUGUUGGACAUCCAUAGGCCCGACCUGAUCGACUACGACGCCCUGGACAAGUCGGACCACCGAGGCAACAUGCAGAUGGCUUUCGACAUCGCACACAGGGAGAUUGGCAUCCCGAUGCUCUUGGACGUUGAGGACGUUUGCGAUGUCGCGAAACCAGACGAGAGGUCGCUGAUGACCUACAUUGCCUACUGGUUCCACGCCUUUUCCCAGAUGGAGAAGGUGGAGAACGCCGGCCGGCGGGUGGAGAAGUUCUUCAACAACAUGUCGGGCGCCUGGGAGAUGCAAAGCGCAUACGAGAGACGAAUGGACGCGCUAUUGAAGCAGAUUCGGGAACAGAACAUCCAGUGGCAGCAGGCGAAGUUUGAGGGAACUUAUGCUGACGCCAAAGCGCAAGCCAACGAGUUUGCCUCCUUCAAGCGAGGCCAGAAGAGGGAUUGGGUGGGCGAGAAGAGCGAGUUGGCCACCCUGCUCGGCAAUAUCAAGACGAAACUGGGAACAUAUCGCUUGCGACCAUACGAACCUCCGGCGGAGCUGUCUCUUGAGACAAUGGAGAGGGAAUGGGGUAAUCUGUCUAGGACCGAGAUGACGAGGGCACAGCUUAUUAACGAAACCAUCCGAGAUAUCAAAAAUGCCCUCCGAAAGUCUUUUGCGGACAAGGCAAAUGACUUCGCCAUGGCCUUGAACACGAUGCAGCUCGCAAUCUCCGGCUUGGACGGCGAUGUGGAGGACCAGCUGCACCAUGUCCGUAAAUUGAGCGAUAACCUCUCCCCGUUGGACAAGUAUCUGGAGUCUAUUGCGGCCGUCGACGCGAAAUGCCAGGAGGCGAACAUCGAAGAGAACGACUUCACCACCUACACCUAUGAUGAGCUCUGCUACGAACUCGGUCUGGUCAAGUCGUCGGUCCAAAAGAAACUUUCUUUCCUCGAGAACCAGAUGGUGGCCCGGAACAUGACCAACCUGACACCCAUCCAACUCGAAGAGUUCGAGUCUGUGUUCCGUCAUUUUGACCGGGACGAUUCGAACACACUGCAAGAACUCGAGUUCUCCGCUGCACUGGCGUCCCUGGGACUCGUCUUCUCGGAAGACGAGAUGCACGACUAUUUCCUCGAAGCAUCGCACGGGCGAGACCGCGUCACCUUCGAGCAGUUUAUCCGCUUCAUGGUGGAUGUCACCGAAGAUCAGAACACCGCGGAGCAGGUCUUCCAGUCGUUCCGCGAGGUGGCCGACGGGAAGCCAUACGUCACCGAGAUGGAUCUGAGGCAUUCCCUAGUGCCGGAUGAAGUGAUCGACAAACUUGUCAACAUCAUCCCGCCACACACAGGGCCCGAUAUGGCCGGGGACAGGGGAUUGCCUCAGUACGACUACAUUGCCUUCAUGGAGAAGCUCAUCAGCGACCCUAGUGGCGGAGGCGAUGCCGAUGCGUCAUUAAGGGCGCAGCCGGAAUCGUUCAAGAAAAGAAGCAGUGGUACGCCCAAGGAGAACGUUAACGGCUUUCACUAGGCCCUACUGUGAUCUUUCUUGCCGUCACCUUUGCUCCCUCCAUUUAUCGGGUUCCAGUUCUUAGUGUCGUUUCUUUUUGUUUCCUUGGCCUGGGCAAGUCUGGAAAAUACCAACACCUGAUCGGUGAUUUAUCAUUUUGGCAAGCAUCAUCGGUGUUUUAACGGCCUGCAGGGGAGUACCUGGAGGGAAAAGUGAUAC